CAUGGGGCCCGGCUGGGUGCAGCCCUUUCAAACGCCGAGCACGUACAUUGUCGAGUUCUUCCUCUUCACGUAUCAGCUGGGCAUCUGUUGCGUUUACGUCGCCUUCGCCGCGAAAAAUAUGGCAAUGGUUCGACUCCGUAGGUGAUCGCUCUCGACGGCGUGUCCGACGCGGAGUACAUGGCCUGGGUGGCGCUGGUGCUCCUGGUGCUCAGCCAGAUCCGCACCCUCAAGGUGCUGGCGCCCGUGUCGCUCGCCGCCAACAUCAGCAUGGUGGUCGGCCAGGCCAUCAUCUGGUACUACAUCUUCAGGGACCUGCCGCCCAUCCACAGCCGGCCCCUGGUGGGCCCGAUCAGCGGCCUGCCCAAGUUCAUGGGGAUCGUGCUGUUCGCCAUGGAGUCCCUGGGGGUCAUCAUCGCCCUGGAGAACAACAUGGCGGACCCGGCCGCCUUCACGGGCCCGUUCGGCAUCCUCAAUGCGGGCAUGGCCGUGGUCAUCACCCUGUACGCGGUGCUGGGCUUCUUCGGCUUCUACCAGUACGGGGAUGACGUGCAAGACGUCAUUACCCUCAGCCUCCCAGUGGAUUGGACCGGCCAGUCCGUGAAGGUGAUCUACGCCUUGGCUAUCGUCCUCACUUACCCCCUUCAGAUGUGGCCCGUCCUGGAGAUCACCUGGGGGAAGUACGUGAGCGGCUACCUGCUGCAGCGGGACGACAGGUGGUACGAGUUGUGGGAGUCGCUGUACAGGGCCGCCCUGGUCUUGCUCACAU